GCCUAUUAUGGAAGAGUGGCUCUCUCACACAAACUUCCGGUAGGGUGUGAUCCUCUAACGGAGGAUUGUUUGGGAUUUUAAAAGCCAAUAUUUUCCUCUUUUCAUUCGUCUUUGAGAAACUUCAAAAUGUCCAAGUCUUUGAAGAAGAUAGUGGAGGAGAGUCGAGACAAGAACCUGCCAGAGGUGGAGAUGUGCGACAGAGGGAUCUCCAACAUGCUGGACAUUCCUGGACUGUUUACUCUGUCCAACAUCACUCAGCUGGUCCUCAGCCACAAUAAGCUCACAGCGGUGCCUGCCAACAUCUCUGAGCUGAAGAACCUUGAAGUUUUAAACAUGUUCAACAACCAAAUUGAAGAGUUGCCUACUCAGAUCAGCAGCCUUCAAAAGCUCAAGCACCUCAACCUAGGUAUGAACCGUUUGAGCAGCUUACCCAGAGGAUUUGGUUCAUUACCGGCUCUGGAAGUGUUGGAUCUUACCUACAAUAACCUGAAUCAGAGCUCUCUGCCAGGAAAUUUCUUCUACCUCACUACUCUUCGAGCUCUCUAUCUGAGUGACAAUGACUUCGAGGUCCUGCCUGCUGACAUCGUGAAGUUGACCAAGUUGCAAAUAUUGAGUCUGAGGGACAAUGACCUGAUCUCAUUGCCCAAAGAGAUUGGAGAUUUGGCUCAACUCAAAGAGCUUCACAUCCAGGGCAAUAGACUGACCGUCCUGCCCCCUGAACUUGGUAACCUGGAUCUGACUGGUCCUAAACAGGUGUUUAAAGCUGAGAAUAAUCCGUGGGUAACUCCCAUUGCAGACCAGUUCCAGCUGGGUGUGUCCCAUGUUUUUGAAUAUGUUCGCUCAGAGACCUACAAGUAUCUCUAUGGCAGACACAUGCAGGCCAACCCAGAACCUCCAAAGAAGAACAACGACAAAACGAAGAAAAUAAGCCGCAAACCACUUGCUGCCAAGAACAAGUGAAAGAGAGGACAGCGAAUGGUGAUGAACGCUCACUAAACCAGCCAAACUCUCUGCAUGUUCCUUUUUUUUCUUACUUUCUUGUUACUUUCUUAUUAUGAGGAACAUUUGUUUCUAAAUGUGCGUCCACUGUACAGCUGGACAUUUUAAAACUCUAUCUGUUUGUGUGAUGGUUGCCCUGUAAUGCAACAGUGUUAAACUGCAAUGAUACCAAAGUAAAAUGCAGCUUCAUUAUGUUUCAGUGUUAUGUUUUACACUCUGCAGCUUAAAUAUAAUAUAUAAAUAUCACAACAGCUAAUCUGUAACUUUAUUCACUCACUAAUCAUUUUAUAAGGCAUUAAAUACUGUCCAUCACAUUUCAGGAUGUUGCAAAUAUAAUGUGUCAUUUAUUCAAUCUUUCAUUACAGCUUUCGUCAUAGGCCAGCAUAUACUAAAGCUUGAUUGUGUAUCGUAUUGAACAUUUCCAAUAAAACAAUAACAACCA